GCUUAAGCAUUCAAAGUGUUUGUUGGCCCCGACACCUAGCAAAAUUUCAAAAGUGAUUUCUUGCCGACUGAAAGGUCGCAAUGCCUACCCUAAAGCUGAGAAUUGGUCUGCCCUCGAGGCGAACGCUUGGCGGCAUCUGCAUCUGCGGAGCACUGGCCUCCAUCUCGGGGCUGGCCUACAUGAGCUGGAGACGGGAGGACCAGGUGCGUCAGACGGAGUACUAUCAGAUGGCCAUCCAGCAGCUGCGCCAGCACAGCGGAGCCGUGGGUCUGCUGGGAGAGCCCAUUAAGGAGUCGGGGUUCAGCCUGUCCAACGAGAAGAACCGCUGCGACGGGGACAAGGCCCAGCUGCAGGUCUCCGUCCAGGGAUCCAAGGACAGGGGCACCGUCUUUUUCUGGGCUACGAAUAGCCAGAAACAGGGCUGGAUGAUCGACCGUCUGGAGCUCGAAACUAAGCAGCAUCCGAACACCCGCUUCCUGCUUAAGAAGCCCCAGAACUAUGCCCUGCUCAGCAACGAGGGCGAUCCGGACCCCCCGAGUGCCGAAGUCGCCGAGGAAUCCCAGCAACCGCAGGAAGCGCUCAAGCCGCAGGAGGCGCCCAAACCACAGGAGGAAGGGGAUGGCGAAGAGCAGGAGCAGGCGGUUCAUCGCCACCCCAGCAUCCAGAACAAUCCUCCUCAGCACCUUCAGCAGCAGCAGGGUCAGGAGCCAGUGCCGUUUGUUCACACAGCAGAGGGCUGAAGCUUCUAGUUAUGCAAUAGGUCUGACCCUCUCCUGAUGCUCCAAGAAUCGUACUCCAGUUUAUGGCUUUCAAUCAAGAGUUAAAAUCUACUUUGGAGUCAGCCGGCUCAUUGCUUUCAGUUCAAGGAUAAGCUAAUGUUUUUGAGAACAUGAAUAAUUAAGAACACUAGCCACAACCUAUUUAAAUUACAGUUAGCAUCUCUGAUAAGAUUACGUAAAGGGUAGGGUUAUAUUUUAUUAAAAUAAAUUUGAUCUCGCCCGAA